UCCCACUCCGCAUCCACUCUGUCCGGCCCCGAACAGCAGCAGCAGCCGCUUCUGCUCCGCUACCUCCAAACUGAUCGACUCCGCAGAUUUUCUCCUGUUUCCGCUGUGUGUGUGAGUGUGUGCGUGUGUGUGUGUGCGGAACAUCAUCAUCAUGCAGAAGAGAAGGAAGCCAGAACCGAUCCAGCUCAACCCGAUUCCUGAUGGGAACGCUGUAAACGGAACCGGAGCCUCAGAAACAAACCUGGAGGCCCUGCAGAAGAAGCUGGAGGAGCUGGAGCUGGACGAGCAGCAGCGGAAACGUCUGGAAGCCUUUCUGACCCAGAAGCAGAAGGUGGGGGAGCUGAAGGACGACGACUUCGAGAAGAUCUGUGAGCUCGGUGCGGGCAACGGAGGCGUGGUCUUUAAAGUCUCACAUCGACCGUCUGGUCUGAUUAUGGCCAGGAAGCUGAUCCACCUGGAGAUCAAACCGGCCAUCAGGAACCAGAUCAUCCGAGAGCUACAGGUGCUGCACGAGUGCAACUCCCCAUACAUAGUGGGCUUCUAUGGUGCCUUCUACAGCGACGGGGAAAUCAGCAUCUGCAUGGAGCACAUGGAUGGAGGAUCUCUGGACCAGUCGUUGAAGAAAGCAGGGAAGAUCCCAGAGCAGAUACUUGGCAAAGUCAGCAUCGCUGUCAUUAAAGGACUUUCCUACCUGCGAGAGAAGCACAAGAUCAUGCACAGAGAUGUCAAGCCCUCUAACAUCCUCGUGAAUUCUCGCGGUGAGAUCAAGCUGUGUGACUUUGGAGUGAGCGGACAGCUCAUAGACUCCAUGGCCAACUCUUUCGUGGGAACUCGGUCGUACAUGUCGCCAGAGCGCCUACAGGGCACCCACUACUCCGUUCAGUCAGACAUCUGGAGCAUGGGUUUGUCUCUAGUUGAAAUGGCCAUCGGACGCUUCCCCAUCCCCCCACCUGAUGCCAAGGAACUGGAACAGAUUUUUGGAUUUCCAGUGGAAGGGGAGGCGGCCUUCAGCGAGUCCUUCCCCAAACCACGGCCCCCUGGGCGACCUGGCAGCUCAUACGGCUCAGACAGCAGACCUCCUAUGGCCAUUUUUGAGCUGCUUGAUUACAUCGUCAAUGAGCCUCCACCAAAACUGCCUGGGAUAUUUAGCUCAGAAUUCCAAGACUUUGUUAACAAAUGCUUGAUUAAGAAUCCUGCAGAGAGGGCAGACUUGAAGCAGUUGAUGGUGCAUCCUUUUAUCAAAACAUCAGAAGCAGAGGAGGUGGACUUCGCUGGCUGGCUGUGCAGCACCAUCGGAUUAAGUCAGCCUGCAACACCCACCCAUGGGACCGCCAUGUGAGACCACCCCCCUCCCAUCAACGACAAAGCCAUAGUCCAGAUUCUCAAACGUGUACUGUUAAACUGUUUCCCAAGAAAGCAACGAGAUGUGCAAUUUUAGUACAUUUAAUGUACAAACACAGAUGUCAAGUUAAAUUAUAUAUUGAACAUUUUUGGGCUACCUUGCAAGCCUGCUUGAAAAGCCAUCUUUUUUCUAAUGACAAAUUCUUCUUUAAAAAAAAAGUGCUGCUAAACCUGUGUGCUUGAUAUUCCUCUUUACCUUUCCCAGACACUGCAAAUCGUUUAGCUUAUGUGAAAUCAUUCUUGUCAAUUAAAAAGUUUUAAAUAACA